AUACUCCCUGUGCUGCAGGACCUUGUAGAAAUGGCGCUACCUGUUCCAAUCAAGGCAAGGAUUAUAAAUGUACAUGCGCAGCUGGAUAUACUGGGAAACAGUGUGAAACUCGAAGUAUGUAAAAUAUUUUAAAAGUUUUGGGUGAUUCUUUAUAUAAAUGAUGAACAUGUCAGUUAUGCAAAUAUAGUUGCAAGAAAAAGUAGGUACUUCAGCAACAUACAUAAUAUUUGUUUUUAAAACACCCAUAGACAAAACCAAGUGAAAAUUGUAAAAAUUAAACAUACUUAUCUCGACCCCAUGCAGGCAUGUUUCUAAUGGAAAAUUGUUUAGCACCGGUACCUGCAUGUGGAGCAAUUUUACUCGGAUAAUCUUGGAACUUUGCGCAAAGCUCGCGAGGAUAUACAUAAGUAAAGUGUGUUGCAUGAUAUCAGAUUUCCAACCUGGGGGUGGUUGUAUAAAAGGCUUCACUACUUUUUAGCUACCUGUUUUCUAGUUAAACAUAUCUACAUAUAUAGGCCUAGUGCUAGUUAACUCUCGAAUACCCGUUUUGUUGAAUUUUUGCACAGUUUCACUAACUGUAAUUAACUUUAACUACAUUUUUAUACAACCGAAUUGUACAAUGUAGGUAUUUCUGAUACAUUCUAUUACCUAAUGUCAACUUCAACCUUAUAUACGCUUCGGAAAACGUUCGAACAUUAUAUAAAUUUAAUGAGUUUUGCCGAUCAACUGUUUAACUUAGUAAUAGACAGCCUUAAAAUAACAUCAGUUCAAAUCGUUCAGUUAACGUUCUGAAAAAUAUUUGCCAUCCUUUUCAUUUGAAGCAAUUUUUAGAUAUAACAUAGGCUAAUCUAAAAGAAUUACCCAUAAAUCCGUUGAAACUUAAAUAUUAAAGCAACAAAUAAAAUACAUCAACAUAAAAUAAAUUUGCCACAUGCAGUGCUUCACGAUUUCCAAUAAAAUAUUAAUUUUUAUUUUCAUUUCCUCAAGGAAAAUUGAAAAAAAAAAUUUUCCCCAUGUGUUCUUAAAGUCCAUCUUAUUCCACUCCUGGCAAACCGCCAUAUUUUUUAAAUCAGUGUUGCGUCCGCGAUCAAUGAUAAAUUUUGAAUCCGCCUGCUAUAAUUUUCGCGGGUGUAAAUAUCAGAGCGGAAUUGGUAUACUCUUGCGCUCCGCCGUGUUGGCCGAAAGGCGGUGACACGCCAAUGGCUCGGGAUUAAAUUUUUUUUCAAAAUCGAGUUAUAAUUUGUAUUUCAUUUUCAUUUAAGCAUGUAAGAAUCCUAAAGCAUUAGGAAUGGAAAGUGGGAAGAUUGCAGAUUCUCAAGUUACGGCUUCGUCGGAGUGGAGUUCCUCCUAUGGCGCAAGUAAAGGGCGUUUGAAUUUCGUUAAAAAUUCUGGCUUUUGGGCGUCAAAACGAAAUGACCUGAAACAGUGGUUGCAGGUUGACUUCAAAUACAGGGCAACAAUUACUGACAUUUUAACUCAAGGGCGUGGCAGAUACAAUCAGUGGGUUCGAAGUUACACUAUUUCGUACUCUAACGAUGGCGCAAGCUUCAAACCUUACCAAAAGAGUGGGAAAGAUAAGGUAUGAUUCACUUUAUUGUAUAUUAAUCUAAUUCAAGUCAUUCUACCAUAAUUGCUAAUUAUUUCCAAUAUUUUCAAAUCGAUACGAACAGUACAGCAUCCUUGUCGACUCGACAGCAACUGUGCGUUUUCUAUCAUUUACCUGCGAAACGAGUCGUGGCGUCAUUAUUGCAUAACCAUUGCUGCUGGAUUUCGUCGUUCUUUAAAUCUAUCUUUGACAUAUACAUGAAGAGAAAAAUACAAGUACUGUAACUCACAAAGCUUUAAAAAAUUUUUUUGUAAAGUUUGUAGACGAACAAAGAACUCUCCACCACUACCAAUCACAAAUUCUUAAAAGAGGAAAUGCCAAGUAUAGUGGCACAUAUAGCCAAGGGCAGCACCCUUAAGUCCGGUACCCGGAUAUUUUGCGGAAAGACACUUUGUCGAAAGACAUUUUGCUGAAAGACUUCUUGACGAACGGACAUUUGGCCGACAGACGUUUUGUCGAACCGACAUUUUGCCUAACGCACAUUUUGCCGUUUCGUUUUCUGGCGUAUGUCAUUGAGUAAACACGCGUAAGCUGGCUCAUUUGAAAUUACUUUUUAACAAAACGGCAAUGAAUUAUGGCGCCAGCACUCAUUUUAAUACACCAGAAUACGAAUCGUACACGAUUAAUCGUAGCGUGCAAACGUACACUAGCUUAAAGUCUUAGAAAAGACUAUUCUAAUAUUGAGUCCUGAUUUUUAGGUAUUCGUAUCAAACGUCGAUAUGAAAAGCAUCGUUAAAAACACACUUCAACCAGUUAUUGUCGCACGUUUCAUCAGAAUCCAUCCCAAAACAUGGCAGGGCCAUAUUUCUAUGAAAGUGGAAUUUAAUGGUUGUUUCGAAGGUAUUUAUUUUUAGUAUUGUGCAAUAAUUCCGCAUGAAUGUACAGUAAUACUAUAUAUGCCGGAUUUGAUCGAAUAAUCUGCUCCUGUUAUAUAGCCAAUUCAAGGAAGGUUGUCCUUUGCGAUCCUUAAGGUCCAUACACACCGGGCACGAUUCGGCAGCACAACGCGAUUUUUAGUUUUUAAAAGCUUACUUAAUAAAAUAGCCAAUGAGAGCAAAUUUUGAAAGAUAUGUAGACCAAAUAACUCAAAAUGUUAUAGCACUUCUAAAUAUUUGGAAAAUUUAAAGUUAUCGGUCAGUGAAAAUCGAAAUAUCGCCUCGCGUUGUCGAAUCGCGUCUGGUGUGUCUGGAUCUAUAAACUCUAAGGUUGUAAAGCAUCAUGGGCGCAUCAUUUGAUCAGUUUAGAAAUCAUAUUUUGGGCCGAUUUUUUAGAGACAUGGUAAAUAUCUCCUUGCAAUAUUCAACUACUGAGCUUGAUAUAUGCGUUUCCAUACAGCUUUGCGCGAGUUUAAUUUAAGGUUUAGGUUUAAGGUUUAGAGUUUGAGGUUUGGAAAGGACAACCUUUUAAAUUUGAUGUAUAUGUGUGAAAUUGGAUAAAACGACAUUGGUGACAUUCGACCAUCUUACGUUUUACUGCCACGUUGUAAAAAUCUAGGGUUCUUAUUGGAAAAUUGUUAAGAAUAGAGAUAAAAUAAGCCCUGGUCAUGGUCAAUGACCAGAGUUGUAUGCAUGGCAAGCGAGUUCCUGCAUGGUGCUCGUUAUUCUCAACUCUUGUGCCUAAAUUAAACGAGCUUGAGAACAUGACUUGUAUGAGAUUUGAUGAUUGCAAUAAGUCUGUCGCUAAAAUGUUUCUUUUUUAUGUUGAAUUUUAAAGCAAUUGAAUUGGUCAGAUAUCAAUUAUAUAUAGUUCAGUAGUUUGGAGCCCUUACUGUGGCUCGGAAAGGAGAAGAAAUUAGUUGUAUUUUACGACAAACUUCGCAAGGCUAUAUUCAAUCCGCAUUUUACAACAUUUCGCAAGGAAACUUCGUGAUGCUCUUUCAAGCUGUGACGAAAUUUUUGUCUAGUUCAAAAUUUAGUCUAUAAUGCAAAUGGUCCAUUAAAAGGGCUGAAUGCGCCUUGAAAACCUUCAUUCAAAAGGCUGAACUGUGCCUUUAAUUAAGCUAAUAAACAAAGGAUAAAUAUACCGUAAAUCAAUAACUACCAUUUCAGGCCAGCCAUGUGCAGAAGAACCAUGUCAAAACGAAGGAAAAUGUAGCAAUAUUGGAGGAAAAGUCUCGUGCUCAUGCCUUGCCGGGUAUUAUGGGGAUAGAUGUGAACAAAAUGGUAACCAACAUUGUAUAUUAUUUUCUCUUCUUUGAGGAUUACAUUAGAUCGUUGGCAUAAAAUUAUAUUGUUCUAGAAUUAAUGCAUUGGAGAAAAUGCAGCAUAUUUUAUAACAGAAAUAGCUAUCGAUUGAGCUAUUUAUCCAUUUUGAUAUAUAUACAUUUUUUUAAAAAAAGUAGUUGCCCAUUUUGAUAUAUAAAAUAUAAAAUAAUAAUAAUAAAAAACAUAAUUGAAAAACGGUAAUUGAUCCAUAAAUUAAAACAGGUUGAAAUCAAUCUAUUGAAAGUAGACGUCGCAGGAAUUUUCCGUAUUGUCCAUGCAAGAACAAUGCGGUGUAAUUUAACGUGCCUUGCAAAGAAAAUCAUGUUUCACAUAAGAAAAUUCUCCAAAACUCAAAACAAUUGAAAGCAAAGAAAGCAGCAAAUAAAGUGAGAAAAAAGAGAUUCAGCCAUAUACAGUAUUUUGUCAUCAUUUUGCAAACUUCCUUUUUUCACAAAGUCUUAAUUAAUAGUGAUACGUACUAUAGCCCAUUCAAUUUUACUGACUUUUAUUAGUACCUAUUAUCUCUAUUUUUACGGAAUGCCAAUGACUGACAUAAGAUUAUAAUUAUUUUCUUUAGAAUGCAAACAACCGUUACGCCUUGGUGUGGAAAACGGCGAGAUACCUGACUCCCAAAUAUUAGCUUCGUCAGAAUGGGAUACAAACCAUGGAGCAAUUAACUCAAGACUGAACUUCCAGGCUCAAGGAGGACGUCAAGGCGCUUGGUCUUCAAGACGUAAUGAUCUCAACCAAUGGCUUCAAGUCAACUUCGUGCGUCAGGCUACUGUAACUGAGAUCUUAACGCAAGGUCGCAGCAAUGCGGACCAAUGGGUGACGAGUUAUACUGUAUCAUACAGCAACAAUGGUCUGGAUUUCUUUGCCUAUCGCGUGAACGGAGUGGUAAAGGUAUGAAUUAAUAAACAAAUGUUAGUUACUCAUUUGGGGUGGCUAAAUUUGGCGAAUUUUUCAAACAUGUUCGUUAACAUGUCGCGGUUGAAAAUUGAAAGUCAUACUUCAUCAAACCUAUUAUUCCCGAAAGAAAAAUAAUUUAAUUUGAUCUUUCUACUUUUAAGGUUUUUGGAGGCAACCGUGAUAGGAACACUAUUGUUCGUCAAAAUGUUGCUCCCGUCAUUGUCACAAAAUACAUCCGCAUUCAUCCGAAGCAAUGGCAUGGGCAUAUAUCCAUGAGGGUUGGUUUCCGUGGUUGCUUGAAAG